AUGACCUCUGAAAAUAUCCUGAAGCUAAGCAACUGCGUGGUACGGGCUUACCACAGCGGAGACAUCGAAUCCCUUGCUAAAGCAGCAGACAAUCCACGAAUAGCACGAUGGAUGCAAAAUGGAUUCCCGCACCCAUAUACCGUCAAGGAUGCCGAGGAAUGGAUCCCCAUCGCCAACACCCCAUCGCCACUUCGGGACUUUGCUAUCUGCCAGCCUGAUGGUAACACAGUCAUCGGUGGAGUUGGACUCAAAGCCCGCGAGGACGUUCACCACCGCACCAUGGAGAUUGGCUAUUGGAUAGCCGAGGACUACUGGCAUCAGGGUAUCGCCACCGAAGUCAUCACCGCAUUCUCCAGCUGGGCUUUCGACAAUUUCACAAAUUUGGUGCGACUGGAAGCUGAGGUCUUUGAAGGAAACACGGCAAGCUGUCGUGUCCUUGAGAAAUGCGGCUUUGAAUUUGAGGGAAGGCAGAAAGCGGCUGUGGAAAAGCUGGGAGUCAUUCUUGACACCUACACAUAUGUCAAAUUGAGGCUCGAAAGGUAG